AUGGCUGACGAACCGGCCGCAAAACGCAAGUGCCUUGGGGCCGACUGUGACAAUGAUGCUGGGACGCUCCAGUGCCCGACUUGUAUAAAGCUUGGCAUCAAGGACAGCUUUUUCUGCUCCCAGGAAUGCUUUGGAAGAAACUGGGUGACGCACAAGUCUAUGCACAAAAAGGAGACGAAGGUCGGAUACUUCAACCCUUUCCCGAACUUUCACUUCACCGGACCGCUCCGACCUGUGUAUCCUCUGUCUCCUCGGCGCACUGUUCCGAAGUCCAUACCCCACCCUGAUUAUGCGGAAGACGGCUAUCCCAAGACGCCGCGCUCACGCCUGCGGCCAAACAACAUCGAGAUUUUGGAUGCUAAGGCCCAGAAGGGCAUGCGCAAGGUGGGCCGUCUGGCUCGCGAGGUGCUCGACAUCGCAGCAGCCGCCCUGCGACCUGGCAUCACGACGGACGAGAUCGACGAGAUAGUGCACAAGGCAUGCCUUGAGCGUAAUGCCUAUCCGUCUCCUCUGAACUACAACCACUUCCCCAAGUCGGUAUGCACGUCGGUCAACGAAGUCAUCUGCCAUGGUAUCCCGGACAAGCGCUUGCUUAUGGACGGCGACCUGGUCAACUUAGACGUCACCCUGUACUAUGGAGGUUAUCACGGUGACCUGAACGAGACAUACUACGUCGGAGACCGCGCCAAGGCGGACCCGGACACUGUGCGUGUGAUCGAGACGGCGCGGGAGUGUCUGGAUAUAGCCAUCAAGAUGGUCAAGCCGGGCACUCUGUUCCGUGACUUCGGAAACGCCAUUGAGAAGCAUGCCAAGGAGCGCAACUGCACGGUCAUCCGAACGUACGUCGGCCAUGGUGUCAACUCCGUCUUCCACGCCCCGCCAAACAUCCCCCACUACGCAAAGAACAAGGCAGUGGGCGAGUGCAAGCCCGGAAUGACGUUCACGAUCGAGCCCAUGGUUGCUCUGGGCAAGUACCGUGACGUGACAUGGCCGGACAACUGGACUAGCACGACAAUCGACGGCAAGCGGACGGCACAAUUUGAGCAUACCCUGCUCGUCACUGAGACGGGAGUGGAGAUCCUGACGGCCAGAAAGCCAGACUCGCCAGGUGGGCCAGUACCAUAUCCGGUCCAGGCGAGUGCGGAGCCGACGGAAGAGAAGGCGAAGGAGGAGGAGGAAGUCAAGGCAUAA